CAGUCGAAGGUCGUCAGCCACCGCCUUUUUGUUGUGGUGUUGUUCGGGCUGUUUAAGUGAAAUGACACAUUUUGGAUAGACAGUGAUGGAUUUGAUAUUGAUGGCUAACCAAGAAAGUCCAUUAAACAUCAAUAUGAUGUAAGUUUGUUUGAAAGUAUCAAAUGCCAUAACCUAAAGGGUACUGAGUGGCCCAGAAGAUUUGGUUUCACUCACUGAACUGACUCAGACUGAAAGCAGUUUUUUUAAUAAGUUUGAUGGCUUGCAGUUGCUCUUGCCGAGGUGCUAUGAUUAUCUACAACUGCCAAGUACUUACUUAAUCUAUGGCCUUAAUCAUAUUUACAAUGCAAUAUUAAGAUUUAAUAACUUGACUAACUAAAUUUUAGGCAAGACCCUAUAAUAAAUAUUGCAGGGUCACUAUAAUUUAUAAUUUAGUUAGGCUAUCAGAAUUAUGUUAUAUUAUUAUACCAUCUUCAUCUUGGCUAAUCAUCUAAUGUGAAGAGAUAGCACCCUGACGUCAUUUGCAUGUUUUGUCCCUGGUUCCAAUAGGGUCAAAACCCAGGUUAGGGAUAAGUUUAGGGUUCAGGUUAAGUUUAGGGAUAGAUUUAGAUUUAGGGUUCAGUUGAGGCUUAGGGUUAAAUUUAGGACAAAAGUAUAAGUUCAAAAUAUUAAUUAUAAUUUUAUAUGGUAUUUAUUUAUUAAAGUAGUAUAUAUUAUGGCUGGCACUUACAUACACCGCGCAGGUGUACCUAUCGAAACUAUUGACUUUGGCCUGCUUACACCGCGGCGGUGUCCCUAGCUAAAUCAUGGUCUGUGGCCUGCGUACACCGCAGCGAUUAUAAGUAGCAAAACUAAGGUCUUUGCGAGUCUUUAACUUUUUGGCCUAACCGGUACUUGUAGAUUUAAUGUUACACUCUUGUUAAAGCUGAAAACUAUUUAUUUCAAAUUCGUUAAGAAAAAACCCAACAAAUAAAAAAACUUUGACAUAGGCGACAUAGCGCAAAUCCUGUCCCAAGCCCAUUGUGCAAUAGUUUCUGUGAGAAAACGUCGUGUUUUACCCUGAGAAUAGCACAUGCCAUGCCAUUGUAGAAACAAAUUCCGCCAUGAAAAGGUUAAACGCAGACCUAUGCCUAUGGCUUUGCUAUACAGUUUGCUACCGCUCCGUAAGUUUCUAAAAUCGAGAUGUUUUCAAAAGAUUUGCUGUGAGACUGAGUGUUGUGAAUGAACCUUUGAUAUUGUGUGUACAUUUUGCCAAUACAUAUGGCAUAGUGAAAGCAAGAUGGUUCAAGGUGGAAAUUUGACCAUGCACAAUAAUGACAUUAAUAUUCAUAGUCAUAUGAUAUUAAUGAUAUACUGGUAUUUUCUUUGGGUGUUCUUAAAAGUAAAAUGUAAAUAUUCAACUACACGAAGAUUGUUGAAAUACAAUAGAAUAUCACUAUGUAUUCAUUAUGUUUCUCUUUACAUACACUAUACAUGCGCUUUCAGAAACUUAAAUUUGUUGUCUAAUGUCUUAUUACUAAAUUUACCGGUAUUUUAAAAGUCAAAGGCCGGCACAACUUGUUGAAACACUUAUAUAUAUAUUUUAUUUUUAAAAUAUUUUGUAGCAAUUUAAACAAUUUAAAUAAAUUUUUAAAUAUUAUUAAAUACUAUAUAUAUAUAUAUAAUAUUUUAAAACUAAAAUGGGAGGGAAAAAAACUCGAUCCCCUACUGGGAAUUGACCUCAAAAUAUAUUUUCGCCAAGCGUCCACUCUACCACUUGACCACACAAGACCUUCUCUAACAAGCAUAUCUUAAAACAAGGCCAAUGGUACAUUUUUGCAGCGGUGUACCCAGGCCAAAGCCCACGAUUUCGCUAGAUACACCGCAGCGGUUUACGCAGGCCAAAGCCGAUGGUUUCGCUAGGUACACCGCCGCGGUGUACGCAUCGACUUCGAUAUAUUAUAUAGUUAUAGUAUUAUAUAGUAGGCAUAGGCAAAGUAUAGGCCUACUGUAAUGAGAUACUUAUCAUAAAAUUUAUAUAAUUGGUAACAAAUAAUAUUAGGCAGUGUCUACACAUCCGGCACGCCGGACGUAUAUAUCUCCUGCACUAUUUGUCUGGUGACCAAGUCACAUGACCGCCGUAACAAAAUGACGCGGGAUAUUUGUCCGUCAGCCUUGUCACGUGACCGCGAAUGAUUCAAAACUAUUGUUAAUUUUAAAAUCUAUUUCUCUACCAAGUAAUGUACUGAGUAUCCUGCAAACAAAUACUAGAAAAAAAUACUUGGUUAUAUUACCAAAACAAAGUGGGAGUUAAGCAAUAAUGCAUUCUAGAAAGAAGCAAUGCUGAGAGGGAGAGAGAAUUAUGGUAAUAAAAAAAUACUAGUGCCAAAAAAAUAAUAGUUAUGGUGAUAAAUAAUUAAGUUUAAGGUAGGCAGAUAGUUCACAAAGAAAUAGACCCUACAUCUUAAAAUAGGGCCGAUAUAGCGGUAGCCUAGCCUACUUCUCAUGCAAUACUAAUCCUGAAAUAUAACUUUGUUGACAUAGUUGAAGAGUCGGAAUCUAAUAGACUAGUAAUAGUAGUAGUAAUAGUACUACUAGUUAGUAUAUAGGCCUAAUUGUUUAAUAUUCAAAUUCAGUCUCCCUUCCACUGCCACAAGGAAGAGACAAUACAUUAGACAGGUAUAUUGGCAUAGGAGGAAGAGACUACAUUUAGGAGAAGAGACUAAACAUUUAGAGACGUAUAGGCUUAUAGCAGAGGUCGGCAAACUCCUGCCUUAGGCCAGAUUCGGCCUAAAUAGUAUUCCAGUCCGGCCUAAUGUCCACCUAGUUUUUUUAUUAUUGCAUCUAGCCUAAUUUAAUUGUCUGAGUUUAGUUCCCCUUCAUCACAGAUGCUGGAAGUUCGUUUUCAUUUACCUCUCACCGGGGACAAGGCCUGUGUUUUGCACACUUGUGUGUACUGGGAAUUGUAAAGCAUGAGUGCUGGGUGGCCAAGUCGUAUAAACUGAUGACUGACUCAAUCUAAAUAGCUGGUGGUCAGGAGUUCAAUCCCCACCAAAGCCAAGACAAGCAAAAACAUCCCUAGCUCCCCGGGUGGAUGGGACUCUUUAACCUUGGACAGCUUCUCAUCUAAGAAAAGGCAAACUCUGAAUUCAAACCAGGAGCCAGAAUGAUCAAUAAAUUGAUCAUGGGCCCUCAAAUUUAGAAGAAGAAAAAAUUCCAAGAAUGAAGAAUGAGAGAGCAGGCAAUCAUCCAUUUAGAACACUCAGCAAUUUUAUUUUAUGGUCAUAUUACAGACAUAAAUUCCUAAACAGUAACCACAAUUACUAUGCAUAAAGAGUAGAAGCAAUGCGUCGCUACCAGCCGCCCUGAAUAGACAGGUGAAUUAUUCUUCAUCUAACGCGGCAGCAAAGCCCACAUGAAGGCAUACUUUGGGAGAAACAGCUGUGAUGCAGCCCUCGAACUGAAGAAUACAUCAAUUUGCUGCUAACUACUUCAUUGACGUGCGUUCUUAUUCGCAAGAGUUCAAGAUCAUGAGCACUCCUUUCCACUUUCCCUAUCACCACACCCCUCUGAUGUGCAACUGAAAUUGAAAGUGCAAGUUUACUUUUUUCGCCACUUUCAUUGACUACUUAAGUCAGCGAAUACAUGACCGUUUUUCAAUAAUGUAGUAAGCCCAUGUCAAGAAGCAUGUAAUUUAAAUAUUUUGCAACACUUAUUCGUGCUUGCAGGGUUUUCCUACCUCUGGCCUAUAGGGUAUGAUUAGUUUCAGCAAUCCACACAUUGUUUUGUUAAUUUAAAUAUGCAGGCCUAACUAGAUAAAGCAAUGUUGGCUGCUAUAAGUAUAAGCUUUCUUGCAUAUCUUCCUGAUAUCAAAUCAAAUAUUUCUUUUUUUUAGCCCAGGUUCAGACAUGUCACAAAGCCAAUCUAAUUCGGUACGGGAAUUGCUCUAUCAAGCAAGGCUGGAGAAGUACAAUGAAUUUUGCAAUUUUCAUGCCAUUACCAACGAUGUCAAAAAGAGAAGUGACCAUGUUUUACAAGAACUAUUGAGACUAGGCGUAUUGGAUGAUGACCUGAAGGUAACCAUUUUGUUUUGUAGAAUCUGUAAUAAAAAAGGCAAGAUAAGUAUUUCAAAUUGUUAUUGAAACACCAAAAUUCACUAAUAUCAAUCAUAAUUUUGAUGUUUGUUUUGAUCCCCAUAAGUGUUAAAAUAACUUAAGUCUUUAAAGUAAUUAUAAAACUCUGCUAUUUACAGGUCAAUGAAAACUGUCUGUUUGCAAGCAUAAUAUACAUGGCUGUAAUAGAGGCAAGGUGAGCUGGUUGCAUGCUUUCAAAAAAAUUAUAUAUGUAGAAAAUUUUGAGUGGAUUUUAUUCUACAAUUUUGUUGAUUGAUUUAGUUCAUUUAGUCUUGUUUUUAUGCUGAAUAUGACUUUUUGACAUAAAAUUUAAAAUCAAUUAUUUAUUAAAUAAUAUUUAAUUUUAAAGAUGCUUUUAAAUAUGUAACCCCUAAUUUAUGCACUGUUCUCAAAAAAAUAUAUUACUUUAUAAAUAUAAACAAUAACUCAUAUCUUCUAUUUUUAUCUGUAUUGAUUUUUCCUUAGGCUUCCCUAUGGGCCAAUGGAUCCAUUGCUUGAACAAAACUCCUUGGAACCCUCAAUUACGGUGACUGAUAUCCUAAUCAAGGCAAAUAUUAAGUAGGUUUUAGGAUGCUUAAUUAUAAUUUUUCUAGAUAAUAAUUUCUUUUGUUUUCAUUCAUUUUGUUUCAACUUCUUUUAUGUUAUUUUUAUAUAUAUGGAGCCUGAAUUUGUGUAUUUGAGCAUACCAUUUGUUUAGAUUCCAAGAAAGGUGUCCAUAUUUGUUUAUUUGCCAGGAUUAUACACAUUUUAUAGGUAAAUGAAAGGAGAAAAAAAAAAGUAAACUUAUUUAUUUUUGGAUGUAUACAUAAAACAUUUUUAAGCCUUUUUCUCUACUUAUUAUUUUUUUUUAACAGCAUCAAAAGUUUCUUCCAAGCCAUGACAAGAAUAAAAAAUCUAAUUUCACUUUCCAAAUCUGUCCAAGACCACUUGGUGAAACUUGAAAGAAAUUACCUGGUUGUCUCCGCAUUAUACCAUGCAUUUGAUGGGUAGGGCUAAAAAAAAUAAUUUUAAUAUUUUUAAUGAAAUAAGUACCAAUAAUAGCCAUAUGCAGUAGGACUGAGAUGUUUUAAUACUCCAUUUCAUGUGUUUGUAUAAUUAUAAUUUGUCAUUGAAAAAAAAGGAAAGAAAAUCUAUACAGUUGCCAGUUUGAUUAUAUAAUAGCUAAAAAAAUUUUUUUUUUUACAUUUCAGGCGGCUUUGUUCAUCUGUAUUUAAAGAAAGCACCAGUGGAUGCUCAGAGUAUGUUAAUCAAUUUUUUAAUAGUUUGCUUGUUGUAUCAUAUUUUUGUGCAAUGUUACAUUGUUGUUUUAAUAAAGGGUCUUGUACUUAUCAAAUAAAAGUAAAGGUCACAUGCUACAUUUCUACUUUUGGAUGUCUUGUUAAGAUAAAAAUUUCCAUCCCUGUGGCGCUACAGCCCAUGUAGGGGUUUGGCCUUCCUCACCACUUCCUUCUUCUCAGACCUAUCUAAUGCUUUACUUUUCCAUGCUUAAAUUCCCAGCUGCUAUAGAUUUUUUUUCCACUUUAUUCAUCCAUCUUAGCCUUUGUCUGCCAUUGAGCCAUUUUCUUUUGGGUGUUUUUGUGGUGCACCUUCUUCACUCAUCUCAUUUUGGUAUUCUAUGUGUCCCCGCCAGCGUAGCCGGCCCUCCUUUUUUUUAUUUCUGCUACUAGUGUGGGAUCCUGAAACAGACUAUAUGAUUCCUAAGAUGAUCUUUUGCAAAUUUAUAAACCAUUUACCUUAAAAUGAUUUUUUUUUAAAAUUUCAAAUUGGAAAUUACAUUUUUUGUUUAUUUAUCAGGGACAGCUAUUUGCCUCCUAUACCCGAGACAGAAGGUUUAUCGUACAGGAAAAAACAAUGCUGGGUGUUAUACUUACUGUCAAAAGGUAAAUAUGUUAACUUUUUGUGCUAAGUUUUUAACACGUUUUUUUUUUUUUAAUAAUUGAAAUUUGAAAGAAUACAUUAACAAUAUACAUGAUUAUUUUCUGUAGAGUUUAAUAAGAGAGUUUUUGUUUUAAAUAAUUACACAUGUCUAACAAUAUGUUUUGAAAUAAUUUCAGAGCAAUUGUUACCUGGUAACCAGGAACUUUUUCAACACUUUCAGCUACUCUUGUGUUGUGUAGAGUUUGUCCUUCGCCAGACCCCAUCAUUUUUGCUCAAUUCUCCUUACGGUAUUGACACGUAUUUACAUAUAAUGUAUUAUUUAAGUUUUUUCUUUGAUGGCCAGUCACUAACACUUAAUCCUCUAUUUAGAGUUGUCACCCACACAAAUAUAUAUAAAAAAAUUCAUAUUUUUUUUUAAAGAUCUUUGAAUGCAUUGAUAAGUUUAUACACAUUGUGAGGGUUGGGUGAUGAUGAUUAUAUAAUAAUUUACUCAUAAUGAAUAAUUUAAAAUAAAUAUUGAUAAAAUACUUUUGCGAUUUUAAAUGAAACAUGGAACGUUUCUGGUAAAAGCAGACCUGUUUACUCUUAAGAUUUUGGCGUACAGUGUACGAUUUUGAGAUAUCUUUUACGAUUGUACGCUGAGACCAGCCAGAACUACGAUUUCAAAAGAGGGGGUUGUGGUAAAUAUUGUGGUAGUUUUUUCUGAUUUAAAAAAUGAUAAAAAAAAUUAAAAAGUUCCACAUCCAGCAGUAAAUGUAUCAGAAAAUUCAAUUGGUUGGGGACCAUCAAAUAAUUAUACUAUAAUGACAUUACGUUUCUUGAGAGGGAAAUGGAGUGCUAUUGAUUUGGGAGGUUAUGUGUAAGAUGUGUGUGUGUGGGGGGGGGGUCCCCCAAAUAUUCAAUUCUGUACUAGUAACAAUAACAUUUUUGUAAUGAUUGGGGGGGGGUGUCCUUGGUAGAAAGUACGUAAGUUAUUCGAAAACUCUGCAAUAUCCAUCCAUAAACCUGAAAAGUCCAAAAACAGCAUUUUUAAAUCUUGAAUGCUGUAUAAAUAUCAUGCAAUGUUUUGUACAAAUCAUCUUCAUAAUGUUGCCAUGUAUUUUCACAAAUGAACUUGCUAGAUAUAGUAAGAUAGUACUAAGUAGUUAAGUUAUUAUAGUAAUAUGUAGUCCACCAUAUGGUCAAUACGUAUGUGACAUAUUUUGUGGGGCUAUGCCAGUGGCUCUAAAAUUUUGUUUCCUGGUGCCUAUACCAAAUUCAAGUUUUCACUAGGCUCUCUGUGUUAAAUUCUAAUAAGCACACUUCGAAAUAGCCAAUAUAUAAACUCAUAAACAAAAUAAAGGGUUGGGUAAAAAUAAAUAUAACACGUAUGUAGGUCACUAACCACCAUCUACUAACUGCAAACAGUAGUUACUCAAGCGGAUUACUGUUUGUACAGUGGAUUAAAAAUGGAAACAAAGUUAGACAAUUUUGUAAUACUUUGCAACGCCUCUGUGAGGAAGCCGCAGCAACCCAUUUGAGAAAAAUGUGCACCCCCCACCCCUGUGCUGACCAGUAAAAGGACUAUUUUUAGCGCCCUUUGUCUUUGUGAAGUAAAUGGGAGUUUAUAGUUUAAUUCAAUAUUAAGUUCCUUUCUAAAGAUGAUUUUGGCCCUGCUCAAGGAUAACGAGUCCCCAGGGCGAUGCGGCUUAUGUUCUGGGAACCACAGGUCGCGCCAAACCGCCAGCGGUGAAAACCCGUGUCACAUUUUGUUUAGUAAUGUAACAGUAACAUAAAUAAUAAUAAUAAUAAAGUUCAUUUCAAAAACACGCUUCAUCCCCAAAGGGUCGAAACGCGGUACAAAGUCAACAAAAAACAUAUCUAUAAUUUACCACAUUUAAAACAAACGCAACACUACAAAAACUAAUUACAAGCAUACAAUCUCAAAGUCUUUCUAGCCCUUUCAACCCGGAGCAACACAGCAAUUAUGCAUUAACUGGAAAAUAAGGUAGACAAAUCAUCCCAGAAGGUAUUUGCGAAAUAGAUGUGUCUUUAGAUCGGUUUUAAAGGACUCCAGUGUCUGGUUGUUUCUGAGAUCGACUGGAAGGGCGUUCCACAUUGUUGGACCAGCAAGUGCGAAAGUGCGCUUUCCGUAAGUCUCAAGGCAAACACGUGGUGUCGAGAGUUUGCCACUAUCGGAUGAGCGGAGCUCUCUAGUGGGUACAUAAGGCGUAAGCAGCUCUUUCAGAUAGGACGGCGCCAGGUCAUGUAAGCAGCGUUCGCCUAAAGUUGCGAUUUUGUACUCAUAAUUAUAUAAAGAUUAUUGGAUGAAUUUUUUUUUAAGGGUGGUGUGGAAAGCUCGUACGUAAACAAGUGGGUGGGGGUCAUAAAAAAAAGUGCGAUCAAUGGGGCUAGAGGCUGGCAGGAGACUUUUUGCUUAUGUACUAUAUAGAUGACCCCGUCCUCGCGUUGUUUCCUUCGGUGCUGUAUGAUGUAAUUUUAUGGCAUAAUUAUUUCUUACGGUUGAACCGCGGCGAGAAAACAGAAGACUAGAGAAUCCAUUCUCAAACUGGUCUGCACAGCAAUAUUAGAUUUUGAAAUAUUUUAAAGGAUCUAAGGGGGAAAUUUAAAUUUAUAUUAGAAUGCGCAAAACAGCUGUAUGAUUUUUUAUAUCCCCUCUUCCUUUCACCCAUUUACAACUUUUGAUGUGACUUCGAGUUUGAACCACGUUAAAUUUCACCAGUAACUUUAUUUUUACCAUUGACAGCCUGGGAUAAUGUGAUCUGCGCGUUCGUUCAUGUAUUAAUUGAUAUCUAUAACAGAUAUAUGUCUGCAAAACAAAGUGACCUCAGAUAAACGUCAGUCAUCUACUUUUUAUCUUCAGUUCCCUAUUUUCGUUCAUGUAUUAAUUGAUAUCUAUAACAGAUAUAUGUCUGCAAAACAAAGUGACCUCAGAUAAACGUCAGUCAUCUACUUUUUAUCUUCAGUUCCCUAUUUUUUAGGCAAGCUUAACUCAUUUUUGUUAGACGCACAAUGCGAGUAGUUAUAUGUUAUAUGUACUGUAUGAUUGUUUAUUUAUUUACUAUUAAGAUACUUUAUUGUACUAUUUUGUGAUGAUAUUGUACGAUUUUAUGAUUUUGAUGGUAAACAGGUCUGUAAAAGGAAUGUAACAUUCUAAAUCCUAGAUAUAUAGAUUAAACUCUUUUUUAAUUCUGAUUUAUUUCAUAGCUCAUGUCAGCCUUUAAAAUAAAAUUUUUAUUUCCCCACAGAUUCUAUUCGAAUUGGUUGCUACAAUACCCAUGAACAAGGUGUCACAAUGCUAGGAAGGUUAGCAGAAGACUUCAGUGUUGCAGUGGACCAGGUAGUUACGAUUUCCAAACCUCUUACUAAGCGACUCUGGUAUAUCAUCUUUAAAUUGUUAAUCAUUAAAUUCUUGGCUAGACAAUUUUAUUAAAAUAUAUAUUGCUGAAACUCUGGAGAUCCAAUAAAAAAAAUUUUUUUGCAGAGUAAAAAUUUUUUUAAUUUGAUCUUCAUUGUAAAUUGCUAAUUUUACAAAGCACAAAUAAGGUGUGUUUUCUCAAAGAAUGCUAUUUUUUCUAAGACUCUGCAGCUGCAUAUUGAGAGUACGGAGAGCUUCUUUCAAAGUCUGCUCAAUGAAGAUGGUGAAUUAGAUGUAAGUAUUUUUUUUUAAAUGUAUACUUUUGAGUGUGGAGGAUGGAGGAGGAUAGUUCACAUGUCAUCUGUGGCGCCCCAAUGGUCUAAGGGACUUUAUCAUGAUGAUACUUUUGAGUAUUUGAAAUAAAUUACAGAUAACUCUUUAAAAUGUUUUUUUUUUAGAAGCUUACAUUCGCUUGUCUGUUUUGUCUCAUAUAAAUCAGACCAAAGCAAAACAUUAUUUAAAUAGACUUCAAAUGUGCCUGCAUACUGGAAUGUGUCUAAGAGUGUUUGAGAUUAAUUGGUAUGAUGAUUCAUUAUUUCCUGCCACAGUCUGAUGGUCUCUGUGAAGAGUAUGAAAGUGCGUUCCAGAGGGAAGGGGACAUCAAUGAACUCCACUUUUUAUCAAAAGACUCAUAUUUGCAUUCCUUGGCUGUUAAGAGGUAAAUUUGGAUUUUAACAUGCACAUGAUUGUCUAAUAAGUAUUAAGUAAUUAAAAAAACCUUAAUAUAUAGAUUUUUUUUGGCAUGCAACUAGCAUUCAAUAUUAUUCUCUUCAACAAAUUUAAAUCAACUUUCAGAAUUGAAAGCCAGGAGAAUGCAACGCCAUUACCCUCUGAAUUAAUGACCCCUGUCAGGCAAGUUCUUUUAAUGCAAUAGCAAAUGUUAAAAAAAAUAAUUUUAAAAACGUACACAAUAAAAUAAAUUUGCAUUGGUAUAAUAUUGGAAAUUUGUAAUCUGGGUGGUGGUGCAGGUUCUCCAAAUAAAAAGUAAUUUAAUAAAUCUUGGGAAAACAUUAAAAGAUAGUCAUGUCAUGCUAAAGAGUAUAAUAUUAAAUGAGAUUGUAAUUAUUGCAGAAAAAAAUCUCCUCCCAGAUCUCAGUAGAUAGAUGAUGUGAGGGACUUAUUUGUGGCAUUUAUUGAACUAAAGGCUAUUGGUAUCAGAUUUAUUGAAAUAAAGGCUAUUGGUAUCAGAUUUAUUGAAAUAAAGGCUAUUGGUAUCAGAUUUAUUGAAAUAAAGGCUAUUGGUAUCAGAUUUAUUGAAAUAAAGGCUAUUGGUAUCAGAUUUAUUGCAACCUUAAUGCUUUUUUAAUGAUGAAAAUUUGCUUCGCUAAAAAGUUUUUUCUGUGCAUUUUUGCAAUUAUGAUUUUUAAAAAAAAAAUUAUUUAGGUUUACUUUGUUAAAAAUAAUGUAUGAAUUAUUAUAUUCAUUCUUAUCUUUGUUGUUGGCAGACUUGCAGUAAGCACUGUGCAGAGUUUCCAAAAGAACUUUUCUGGACUGCCCAGUAAGCCAAGUGAAAAACUGGAAUCUUAUUUUAAGGUGGAGUUUUUGAAUUAUCAGCAAUUCUUAUCACUAGUGCCAUGAUAAAUAAUGCCAUAAAAUUCAAUUCAUCAUUUUAUUUGAGUUUAUUUUGUUUUUGUUGAAUUCAUUUUUUUUCUUCGUCUUCUUAGAGGUGCACUCAAGAUCCCAGUGGAAAUAUCAAGACAUUGAUUGACAGCCUGAAGGAGAUAUUUGUACAGCAAUACCAGGCUGCUAGUCCAGCAGCAACACCUCCCACCACAGUAGCAGAGAAUCGUUUUGUUCUUGGGGUUAGAAUGUAUCUGAAGAUCUUAGAGACUAUACUCAUGACAGUAAGUAGAUAGUUUUUUUAGUUAAAAAAAAUAUCCAUCCCUGUGGUGCCUUUGCCUGACACACCACUUCCUUCCACUCAGACCUAACUUAUGCUUAUCUUUUUCGUGCUUGGAUUCCCAGCUGCUGUAGAACCAUUUCCAUGUCGUCUAUCCAUAUAAGCCUAUGUCUUUGAUUUGUUUUCCUCUGGGGGUUUGGGUCACUAUUCUCCUUCCAUAAUCAUCCUUUGUUGGUCCAUAACUUUUCUCUCUGUGAUUUGUUAGGGUCCAAAUUUCACUGACGUAUAUAACUGAUCUGAUUUUAGUUUUCAGUUUUUCUUUUAAUGUUUUCACUUGAGUAUUUUGUGACUACUAAAAAUUCUGGUUCAUAAUUGUACUUGUAUAAGUAUAUCAAAUUAAAGCUGCGCACUUUUAUUCACAAAUGAUCAUAAAACUGAUACUUUGAUCACAAACAUCAGUCUUUUAUUUAAUUUAACAAUUUUCAUUAUAUCAUUUUUAUGAGAUUUGUCUUAAAUUUUCAAAAUUUGAUGUUAAAAUAACAUUUUCCAUUCAGGAAUCUGAGCACCUUUCUCCACAUGUAUUAAGUACUCUGCUCAACAAAGAGAGCUUCCAUAAGGCCCUUCUGGCUUGUGCCCUAGAAGUUGUCCUUACUACCUAUGGGCAAACAUGUAUGUACCAUACAACAUUCAUGGUCUGACAAUACCCAUAAUAUAUUAACCAUAUGCUCUGGGAUGUCGCCUGAAUACAAUGUCUCUAAAUUAUAUUUCUUAGAGGUUAAUAAGUACGUUAUUGUCUAUGUGACAUUAGUAUCAGGCACAAAUGAAACAUGAAUAAGGUUAUUUAGAGCAGAAAAAUGUUAAUAAAAAAUUGUAUGGGUUAUAACCUUUAGGAGAGCAAAUUAUUGAUUUAAACAAUUCCGCUUUCAUGUUAUUGGUGGUUGUCAUGGUUUGGCUUAGUAAACAUUGAUUGGUUGCUGCUACUGUGAAUUAAGAGGAAAUAAAUAUUUCAGAGUAAAAGUAUAAAUUUCAUUAAAAAUGUGUAUUAUUGGAUCUGUUUGAAUCAGCCCUACUCAACUGGAAUUAAGUUUAGAAACACCAUGAUUUCGGAAACAACCCAAAUUGUAAAAAGUAGGCUGCAGCUAGGGGCAAGCCGUUACAAUCAUUUGGAUGUACUCCAUAUGCAUUGAUAAGGAUUGGAAGUUAAUUCCCAUGCUAGCCAUCUCUCCUGUAACUUAAAGCUCAAAUUCUUUGUAUAAACAUACUAUAUUUAAACAUAGGAUAUUUUUUAAAACUUCUCUUAUUGUGUAUUAUUAUUUACAGGGGCACAACCAACAGAUGGGUCCAACUCUCAGGAAACAAUAUUUUCAUUUCCUUGGAUUUUAGAUGUUUUCUCUCUUCAAGUUUAUGAGUUCUAUAAAGUUAUUGAAAGCUUUAUUAAGGCAGAACCAAAGUUAGCGACAGAUAUUGUCAAGGUAUUGAGAACAUUUUUUUAAUGUAAACAAUGUUGUGAAAUCUUAAAUAAGUACUUGUUUGACAUAAGAACUAAAUUAUCCAUAAUUUUAUUUUAAAAAAAAAAUGAGGGUUUUUACAUUUAAAGAUAAAAAAUUAGCAAGUUUAUUUAUUAUGUAGCACUAACAAGAAAUAUAUUAGGAUGUCUUGCCCGAUUUUAAGGUCAGUUUGAAUAUUUGAACUGGUUUAUCUCAAAAUAAUUACUUUGUAACUUAAGCACUUUUAGAAGUAAGGUCUUCAAUUACAGAGGUAAUAAUUGUUUUGGAAGUUUUCUUCUGUGAAUGUUAAGAAUUACAUAUUUGUUUUAAUAUUUGACAGCCAUUUUAGGAAUAUUAUUGAAAAAAACAGAAACUUUUGUUAUCAUUAAUUUCUUUUUUUCCUUCUUUUUUUUUUUCAAAAUUAUUUGAAGACUGCAUUUUAUAAAUAAGCAACAUUGCUUGAAUUAAAGGAGCGCAUAUACAAUCAUUUUCGUGGCAUAUUAAAUAAAAAAAAAUUUUGGUUUCUUUCGUUUUAAGCAUCUCCAGAAUGUUGAAAUAAGAAUUCUAGAAAGCUUGGCCUGGAAGGAGGUAAUACAUUUAAAAAAAAAUUGUAUCAAUUUUUACAAAUAUUUGAUUACAGUUAAGGUUAAUUAAAAAUUGUAAAGCAAUAAAAUAUCAAACAUUCAUUUAAAAAAAAUAAUUCUUAAAGUUAAUGUGAGACUGGAUGUUGAUCUUGUUUUCUGCUCCAGAACUCCAUGUUGUUUGAUGUGAUAGGAGAUUGGGACAUGGGCCAAAUGACUCCGCCUAUCCCAGCCUCCCCAGUCAAAGCUCAAGAUGGCAGUCCACACAGUACCAAUGGACCAAGCAAGUGUGCCGUGGACUUGUGAGUUUAAAAAAAUUAUGAAUGAAGGCAGUUCUCAGGGGCAAAGUUAAUUUAUCGAAAUAUUGCAUGUUGUCACAGGCAUUAGUGAAUGAUUUUAGAUAAUUUCAAAGGGUUGAGUUAAUUUUUUGCAAAAGGCUUAUUUUGAAACAGUUGACUGCAGUUAUAUCCCAGCUCUUGUAACAUUUAUAACAUUAAAGUUUAAAAUCUCAUUUUUUCCCCAUCUUCUCUUGCAAAAACUAUAUAACUCCUGCCUUUAGUUUUAGUUGAGACUCUAAUUCAUAAUAUUUUGCAACAUAUUCUUUAAACUGAUUUUUUAAAUUUUAUUAAAAUGAAAUGUGCAAAAUGUCAUUAUAUCUGGGUUUUUUGCACUUGGAAAUAUUUUGCAACUAAAAAAAUGUUGAUACUCAUUUUUAAAAUUAUACAUUCCUUACCAGGUUUUUGUCCCCCGUCAAGCAGCAAAGCCCAUCUCCUUCCUCCUCACCCUCAAGACAUCAGGCAGCCACCUCCUCUGAGCCUUUGAUCAAUGAUGCCAGCCCUGGCCGACUACCUUCACAGCCCAAAUCUCAAUCACUGACACAUUUUCUUAAACGAGGUUUGUAAUUAUUUUAAAUGUAAGUCUCCAGCAUGUUUCUUGGAGUUCCGAUGAUAAUUUUCAGAGUUUUAAAUGCUCUUAACUGACUCCUUUAUAUGGUACUGCACUCAUACUGUGUGGACAUUGGUUAUUCCUAGGAACUAUGACUAUCUGCAUACUAGAACUGUUAUGGCAACCUACCUUACUGAAAUGAAGAGAUUAUUAGUAUAUAAUCUGUCCUACAUUGGCAACGCUAGAUCGUGGAUUGCAUGCUGUGCUUGACCAGCACGCCCCUGUCAGCCGCCGCAAUUUUAGGUUAACGCGGUCAUCUCCCUGGUAUGCGACCAUAAGGGAAGAACUACACAUUGCCAAGAAAUUGCAGCGUAGUGCAGAAAAGAAGUGGUUGAGGUCAGGUCUUGUGGUUUUUAGGCAGAUCUUUUCCCUUGCCAAGAAGUGUUUCACUCAGAUUGUUUGUCAUGCUAAGACUUCGUAUUUUACUCAAAAGAUAACUAUGGGUAACACCAGCAGGCAGUUGUUUGAUGUUUGUAGCCACCUUAGAGGGAGUAACAAAGGGACUGCUCUUCCUUCAGUGUUUCCUUUGCCCCAGCAACCAGAUAUAUUUUUUUAAAAUUUCUUUAUAAGCAAAGUUGCUGGCAUUCGCGCUGAGCUUGAUCGUCUUGAUGCACCACCCAUUGAUUUGCCUCCUUUCCCUUGUCUUACUUCACAUUUCGAUAUUUUUAAACCUGUUUCAAAACUUGAGGUCAAAGGUAUAAUUUUAAAAUCUAAACCUACAUCAUGUUCUUUGGAUUCUAUCCCCAACCCCCUGUUGGUUGAGUCAUUAGAUCAUUUGCUCCCAACGAUAACCCACACAAUAAAUGAAAGCUUGUCUUCUGGCACUGAUUCCCCUCUUUGUAAAUCAGCUGUUAUCAAACCAUUGCUUUAGAAGCCUGGUCUGGAUGAAAAUAAUUAAAAAAAUUAUAGACCUGUAUCUAACUUAUCAUUUUUAUCUAAAGUAAUUGAAAAACUAGUUCUGAAACAGCUUUUUGCUUAUUUAAUUGAUCACUCUCUUAUCAGUUCUAAUCAGUCGGCCUAUUGACAUUUCCACAGGACAACGGUAAUGUCUCCAUCCUAAUCCUCUUAUACCUCAUUGCGGCCUUUGACACUGUUGACCAUGAAAUCCUUUUCAAAACCCUUGAAAAUUACUUUGGAAUUCCUGGUUCAGUUUUGGCUUGGUUUAUGUCCUACCUCUGAUAGAACGCAGGCGGUCUCUGUCGAUGGCUGUCUCUCAGGCAGUGCUGAUUUGGUGUACGGAGUGCCACAGGGGCCCGUUUUGGGCCCGGUUCUUUUCACAUUGUAUACCAGACCACUGCUCCUUUUGCUUGGGAGGCAUGCUGUUGAGAGCCAGUCAUUUGCAGAUGACAUGCAGCUAUACAAGCAUACCCAUCCCUCUCUUGUUGGUGCAUUGAUGUCAAGUCAUGGAUGACACUCGGCAAGUUGAAGCUUAAUGAUGAAAAAACGGAAGCACUCCUCAUUUACAAUCAAACAUCAUCCUCUACCUCAACUCUUCCCACCUCAUUUCAAGGAGGUAACUCCGACAUACAGUUUACACCCUCUGCUAGGAAUCUUGGUUAUAUUCUUUCUAACAACAUGUCUCUCGAUAAACAUAUCUCUCACAUUUGUCGUUUGGCAUACACCGCUAUCCGUCAGAUCAGCUCCAUCCGCCACUACCUCACAGUUAGCGCUACAAAAACUCUUAGUCUGUGCUCUUGUUCUCUCUCGUCUUGAUUAUUGCAACUCUUUUCUGUCACUGUCAGGUUCACCAAUUUACUGCAUAGAAAAACUGCAGAAAGCUCUAAACUCAGCUGUUAGGCUAUUUCUAAAGGCAAAAAAAAACGUGAUCACGUCACUCCACUACUUCACUCACUUCAUUGGCUCCCUAUUCAGGCACGCAUUGACUACAAGUUGUCUGUUCUCUGUCACAACUUUUUCUCGGAUUCCUGCCCUUCCUAUCUAACCGAACUUCUUUCUUUCUAGUCACCCCUUCGACAGCUUAGCUCCUCUGCAGACAUGCAUAUUCUGUCCGUUCCCAAGACACACACUUAAACACAUGGUGAUCGAUCUCUCUUUCUGCGCCCCCAAACAAUGGAAUUCUUUGCCACUACACAUCAGCAAUAUACCAACCACCCAGGGCUUCAAAACUGCACUCAAAACAUAUCUCUUUAAACUAUACUACCCUGACCGAUUCCCCUCCUUUGACCGAUAAACGAUCCUGCUGGCUGCCGUCCAUGGUUUGCCAUGUAAAAGUUGUGGGGUGGGUGAAUAUGCAUUUGUUAUGUUGCUUAGGCUACACACUGUUCUUUAUUUCAUAAAUGUAUUUUAUUUUAAAGUCAUGAUUAUGUCUCUUUUGAUAAUAUUUUUAUGUACAGCGCGGUGAGCCCAGCCCAAGGCUGGGGUACCUCGCUAUAUAAGACCACUAAUUAUUAUAAAGAAUUGUCAAACUUAACUAUGCAAUGAACUGUUUUUAAGUUAAAAGGUCAUGGGUUGGGGCAUGCACAUCAAUCCUGUUCAUACAGCAGGUAGUUAUCUUUAGUCCCUUUUAAAGUGAGCUUAUUUUGUUUUAUUGCUGUCUAUGGAGAAAAGAAUAGAAUCGAUUGAGUCAUUAUGGCUUGUUUGCAUAGCUUGUUGUGCUUUGUAUUAGUAUUAUUAAUACGGUACAAAUAAAUAGGACCGACAUGCCACCUGCAUGCUCUCCCAUCAAAUAUUGCUUUGGUCAUUGUCACAUUCAUUGCUUUGGUCAUUGUCACAUUCAUUGUUUUGGUCAUUGUCACAUUCAUUGCUUUGGUCAUUGUCACAUUCAUUGCUUUGGUCAUUGUCACAUUCAUUGCUUUGGUCAUUGUCACAUUCAUUGCUUUGGUCAUUGUCACAUUCAUUGCUUUGGUCAUUGUCACAUUCAUUGCUCUGGUCAUUGUCACAUUCGAGGGACGAAAACAAAAAAGGAAUGAGUAAAACAAAGUAAGGUUAAACCUAAAAAAGGAACGCAACAAAACAACGAACGUGUCGCAGGAAGCCUUUGUCGGCGAACAAACAGAAAAAACAGAAUAAAAUUAAAAAUGAAUUCAUUUGCUGCCCUCUCGGAUGCACAAUUCAAUUUGCUGCCCUCUCAGAUACUACUUCUCAGCUGAGUGCUAUUUUUUAAUUUUAUUCUGUUGGUUCGUUGAUGAAGGCUUCCUGCUGACACUUUUGUUGUUUUGUUGCAUUCCUUUUUUCAGGUUUAACCUUACUUUAUUUUACUCACUUCCUGUUCUAACCUGAUUGCAGUCUCCCCCCUUUUUACCCUAACAACAAAAAACAAACAUCACUAAUAGUAUAAGGUGUCAAAUUAUGUUUGUUAACAAAGUUUCAUGUUGUGCUGUCUUAUCCUUCAGUGCUGCGACUUGGUUACUCUCGUUUGACAAGAUUGUGUAGUGAUCUUCACAUUUCCAAAGAUCUGGUGAGUUUCUUCAUUAAUAGAAAAAGCAAAAAAAUUACAUUAGAAAUCUGCAGAUUACCAAAUAUGUAAAUAGUCUACUUGUUAUCAUUAUUAAUUUUAUUUCUUCUGAUUUAAUUCUUUUCUGUUUGGAAGCUGGUAGUUCUUGUAAUAGAUCUUGUCAGAAAUAAUUUACUGUUUUGUAUGUGUGUAUAUAAUAUAUAUAUAAAUGGUAUUUAAACAAAAAUAUUUCUGUAUAGGAGCACAAAAUCUGGACUUGCUUUGAAUACUGUGUUACAAACCUGUCAAGGUUAUUGAAAAAUCGCCACAUUGACCAGGUAAUGUUUGAGAUUUUUUGUGUGUUAUAUGUUUUUUUAAAGAACUUUGGAAAUCUGGCAUAAACAGCAUUUGAUCCAGCAUUUGUUUUAACUUCCAUUUAUGUUACUAAAUCGCCCCAAUGGUUCCCGUCUGCAAAACAGAUUUUAAUUUAGUAAACUUAAAACAUUUUCUCAAGUUGGUUUCCUCACUCCAUCAUUGCUUGUGUUGUCUACUAAACAAAAAAAUAUUGGAUUUGAUGCUAGGAUGUAAAGCUCAUUCAACAAAUAUUUAAAAUUAUCUUCCUCAAGAUCAUCAUGUGCAGCAUUUAUGGAAUCUGUAAGGUGGCUGAGCAGGAAAUUAGAUUCAAGUCUAUUGUUCAAGAAUAUAAACAUUUGCCACAUGCAAAACAGGAGGUAACUGAACAGUUAAUAGAUAUUAUUAUACAUGGCCUUGACCUUAAGAUAACUGAAAAAAAAAGAAAAUCAAUUUUUUUAAUGUAAUGGAAAAUGUUGCAUCAAAUUUUUCAAAGAUUUAUGGAAAUGAAGGAAGGUGAAAGUAUCAUAACAAUUAUGUCACAAGUAUAUUAAAUUAAAUAUGAAAUAAAUUGGGCAGGGGUACAGUUAAAUGAGACAUUAGAGUGUCUGUGAUAGAACCUCAGACAUAGCUUUUUUAUUAACUUGUAUUUCAUCAUCAAAAAGGCACCACCCAUCUUGUCUCAAGAAAUGUCCCAAUAAUAAUUCUACUUGCGGUUUCACCCACAGAUUUUCAGAGAUGUCUACAUGGGGCCCAACAGAUCUGACUCAAUUAUCAGCUUCUACAACAGCAUAUUUGUACAGAACAUCAAGAUGUAUCUUCUUCAGUUUUCACCCAAUAAGGAUGUGGUAGGGAGUUUCAUAAUACUUUCAAUGCUAGUAUACAUUAUAAAAUUAUGUUAUUGCAUUGUUCGUGCAGCAUACACUUUAAAAACCACUGAUUUAGGAUGAGGCUUCUAAAUUAGAUAAAACUGUAUGCACUUUAGCAAGUGACAUAAGAUGUUCCAAAAAAUUUUGUUCCUUGCAGAGACCAACGCUCUCACCAAGACCUAAACAGUCUCCAGGCUACUGGUAUUAUUAUUAUUAUUUUCUAUUAAUGUUAAAUCAGAUUCCUUCAGAUUUUGCAAAAUUACAGUUAAUUAUUGUCUGUGGAUGAGAAAAACAAUUUUUUAACUUCAUGAAAACCACUUAAGCUAGACAAUCUGCUACUAACAUUUCAAACCUGAAGUCCCUGUCACAAAGAGGAAUAUAAACUAGUGACACACUUUUGUUUAAUGGCUUUGGUCAUCAUUAUUUCUUAAUAAAUUUAACAUUUUUUGCAAAAACUGUUCCCAGAGCACACCGAGAAAAGGGUUUCAAAUGUUUUUUUAUUUGCUUAAUAAUGAAUUUAAUACAGAUAAGAAGUUAAUGCUAAAAAUAGUACAUCCACAAUAAGUUUAAAAUUUGCAAACGAAUCCAUAUCAUUUUAAAAAAAAAAAAAUUCUUUCCAACUAAUACUUAAAAAAAAAAAAAAUAAUAAAUAAGUUCGCUUAAGGUGGUCCAUGGGUAAAAAAAAAAUUUUCUAUGUUUCUUAAAUUAAAAUUUUUUUUUUUAGUACAUACUAACUAUACACCAAUAGAAAGACAAAAAAACAUAGAAGUUUAUUUUAAAAAAAAUUUUUUUGACUUUUAUUGCAAAAAUUAUAUAAUUUUAUACAAAUAUUGACAGUUACGCAAAAUGUAUCAACACCCAAAAGAUUUAUCAACAUCAUAAUGAAACUUUGCACACUCAUUAACAAUAGAGUUGUUAAAAAAAUUACAAAAGCUUUCUGCAUUACAGUUAUUGGAGCAUCUACAAAUGACAUAUUUGUGGAGUCACAUAAUUUUCUGGCAAAAUACUGGGGGUAGCAUAUGUAAAAAUAUAAUUUUAAAAGUUCUGUUGGACAGAUCUGAAAAAAGGAGAUGUCACUGUGUAGAUAAUUUCAAUGGUAAGAAGCAUGGAAAGUUUGAAGCCUGUAGCUGUUAUACUUUUCCUCCUGAUGCAAUUGGCAUUCCUAAAAAAUCUGAAAAACAUGAAGUUGAGAAAAACGAAAAAGAAGUCCAAAAAUGUUUUUUUUAAAAAUUAAAGACUACAUGAACAAGAUUUAAUGCAUAAAACGUGUACAUAUACUAUUCAUAAAUGAAAAACCAAUAUAAAAAUAACAGAUAUAAAAGAUAGAAAAUUAACAAAGUCAUAUUUUCAAACAUCAACCUCCCUGUCCCAAAUAAAAAGUGUAUAACAAUAAAAAAAUAAUUAAAAUUUUUCUGUUGGACUGAUCCAGAGGAGGGAGAUGUCAUUAUGUAGAUAAUAUCAAUGGUAAAAAGCAUGGAAAGUGUGAAGCCUGUAUCUGUAAUACUUUUCUUCCUGAUACAUUUCGCGUCCAUGAAAAAUCUGAAAAAUGCAAAGUUGUGAAAAACGAAAAAUAAUUUUUUUUUAAUUAAAGACUACUUGAACAAUGUAGGAUGUAUAUACCAUGUACAAGAACCAUUCAUAAAUUAAAAAACAAAUAAAAAAAACACAGAUAUAAAACACAUAAAAUUAAUAAAGUCACGUUUUCAAAAUAACAACCCCCAUCCCAAAUAAAAUAUAAUAAUAAUAAAAAUAAUUUUUAAAUCUCUGCUUGACAUAUCUAAAAGAAGGAGGUGUUAUUAUGUAGAUAAUAUCAAUGGUAAAAAGCAUGGAAAGUUUGAAGUCUGUAGCUAUAAUACUUUUCCUCGUGAUGCAUUUGGCUUGGCAUUCCUGAAAAUCUGAAAAAACGCAAAGUUGAGAAAAACAAAAUAUUUAAAAAAAAAUUAAAGUCUACUUAUUUAACAACAUUGGAUGCAUAUACCAUGUACAUAUACUAUUCAUAAAUGAAAAAACAAUAUAAAAGUCAUGUUUUUAAAAGCAACCCCUUGUCGUAAAUAACAUGAUUAUAUAAAAAAUUCUGGAAAAAUUGUCUAUCAUGUGAGUGUGAGGUAUUUAGAUAUAACACUAUCCCUCCUGAGUGAGCCAACUCCCAUCAUAGGACCAUCAUCAAUGUCUACUACCUCUGCAACUUAUCCUUGUAGAUUGGUAGCGAUUGAUGCAGGGUGGUAGUGUAGCACUCUGGUCGAUUGUUUUUUGGUGAAUGUUUGGUACAUCCAUUAUUUGGAAAAACUUCCCCAUACCAGCAUGCCACAAUCCAGUCACUAAUGAUGCUGUCGCAGCUCUUUUGCCGACAUAAAAAAUGUUGCCUUUGCAUACAACUAACGUGUCAGAUGAUGGGAUGACAACGUCACAUACAUUACAUACGACUUUUAAAAAUAACGCUAGUCUAUAAAGUUAUUUUCACCACUGUGAACCUUGAAGUGUCCUACUUGCAUACUGGGCAUGAAAACGUUUGAAAAAUGGGCUAGAGGGCAUCUAUCUGCAUGAUAGAUGAGGCAGAGAAGCCUAUGGUAUGAUUGAUAUUCCAAAGCAUGAAGUUUGUUCUUCGAAGCAUACGAUGCCAUAGAUUCUUCAGAUAUUGAAGCUGGCGUUGAGGCUGGUGCCGAAGCUGGCGAUGAGGCUGGUGCCAAAGCUGGCGAUGAGGCUGGUGCCAAAGCUGGCGAUGAGGCUGGUGCCGAAGCUGGCAGUGAGGCUGGUGCCGAAGCUGACGGUGAGGCUGGUGCCGAAGUUUGCGGUGAGGCUAGUGCUGAGGCUUGCGGUGAAGUUGGUGCUAGUCUGGCUUUCUCUAGUUACUUGGACUUGGAUCACUUGUUCUUGGGGACAGGGAUUUUCUGUAUUAUGGAAAAAAAAAUGUUUAUAUUAGCUUUUGAAACAUAAAAUUAUAUUAGUAUUAGACUGAGCAAUUAGCUCCUAGUUAGCCUGGCAAAGGUAAAUAGAAUCAGUAUUUUUUUGUUUUUUUAAAUCUAAGGAAAUGGCAAGAUUUCUACUAUUAUUACAUUAUUAUUAUCUGUUUUAAUAAGUACAAAUUAGGAAAUCCUACACUCUAGGCCUAUUCAAAUUUUGCAUUCAUUUACAUUGAUCAAUAUUACCAUCUCAUAAAUGUUGUUGACAACGAAAAUUGAAAAUCACAUCAAAUUAGAGACGUGUAAGGACACGAACGUAAAGAAAAAUAGUAAUGAAUAUAUUGAAAUAUUUUUUGUAUUACAAUUUUGUAUAUUUAGGCAUAAAGUAGCUUUCAAUUUGAUUCAUAAGCCUACGCUCAUUACAUUUUUAUAUGUCUGCGUAUAUCACUGUUUCGUAGUAGUAUUAGUACUAGUCACUAGUAAGUAGGCCUAGUUACUAGUUACUAGCCCUAGUGAUAAUGACACUGUAUUAUUAUACGAAACCUAGCUCAACCUUCACUCGAACGCCUAAAACUAGCUAAAACUAUUUAAUAUAAAUUAAAUUAUACAAUAAUUAAUUCAACUUACCUUUUCAAAGCAAAAAAAUAAGUUCAAAUUUGAAUUUAUUUGAAGACUGCAAAAGUAAAGUCGAUCGAUCGAUAAAAGGUUACGCCAACUGGACACAAUGAAUUUGGUAGACGGCCAUUGCAUUGUGGGAUAGAUUUCUGACUUGUUGAUGAAGUCUAAAAAUAGCUGACCAAUGACAAUAUCCGAUUUAUUGAAACUUUAAAUCUCGACCAAUAAGAACAUUUGUUCGAGCGAAAAUAUAGAGGCUUUGCCGAACAAAGAGCUCCCGCCAGCCUUAUUUCUGAACAUUUUAGUGGGCGAUACCAUUACCGAGUAGAGAGGCUAAGCUUUCCAUCGAUACCAAAUAUGACUAUAUUGCGUUGUAAUUAUAUUGUAAAAGCGAAGGGUGCGCCAGGGGGUCUAUGGGGCCUGAAUUUUGCCCCAGAAGUCAAAAUUUGCUCUUACCAUACUACUUUAAAAUACAUUUUUAACAACUUUAAAUUAUUUUUUAAUGAAAAUGGUAAAAACCAAAAUGUUCCUUAGAUGUUUAUCUAGUAAAAUUCACCAUAAUCUCAUUUUUGAUAAAAAUUAUAUAAAUAUCGAUAUUUUCCCCCGUGGACCACCUUAAGUCUUUCAACUCCUCGUGUUAGUUGAAGUUUGUGUUUCACAGAUGCACCUUGUGAUCAAUUGCUACAUUUCAUCUUAUUUUAACUUGCAGUCUGCCUGGAAAAAAGAACUUCAUCAUAUCUCCACUGAAAGAGUCAGUGUUUAAGGCCCCAUGUUCUCCAAGCCAGAUGACGCCGUCCACCAGGUUACUGUACAGUUUCGGAGACAGUAUUGGAGUAAGUCUUGGCUAAAUAACUAUUUUGGUUGUUGUUGCUACCGGUACUUCAAGGGAUGAGUUGGUUUUGACUCUAAUUUUAUUCUGCUUCAUUGAUUACUUAUUAGAUGAGCAAUGUUUAAAAGCUGCCUUAUCCCUAUAUUGAUGACUAAUUAUUUUUAAGGGGUAGUUAAAAUAUUCAAUCUUGAUAAUUUAUAUUAUAUCCACACAAAAAAAAAAAAUUAAGAUUCUAAUAUUUUGAAAUAAAAAAAUAAGAAUGCUAUUGCUUUACUUUGAUCUAAUUUACUUUUUCUAAAAAUUGUUUUGCAGUCCUCUGAAAAGCUAAAAGAUAUUAAUGAAAGGAUGAGAAGAGGGCCAGCUGCAUCUGCUAAGAAACGCUUGAACUUGGAUGAUAAUGCUGAGUAGGUAUCAUGGCAUGAACAAGGAGUCUAAAACUCUGACUUGAGUUUGGCUUGACCAUGCAUAAAUUUGAUGUUUACUUUGUACAUAUAAUAAUUUUUUACCUUACUGAAAUUACUAAUUUAUCUAGCAGAUUAUUUUACUGUUUUACAUGGAGUCAAACAUUUGCGCUAUUAGUAUUAGUAAUAAAGCAGAGAAAAUUAAAAUUGUCAGGCUGUGCCGAAAAGAUGGGUACUUGUCAAAUAAAAGUAAGUUUUGUUGAGCUUUUGACGAUUCAUAAUUGGCACAAAUAUUUUUCCAGAACUCCGUCUGCCAAAAAAUCACUGCUGCAGUAAGGUGCUGAGGAUGACAGGCUCUUCACUUGUGAAGUCAACAAAUUUAAGCUAAAUUCACGCUAUCAAAAAUUUAGCCUAGGCCUUUGCUUGGCAGCUUACCUGGAUUUGUAUCUUGUACAAAAUAAAUUUCUAAUUUAAUUUUGAGAACAUCUUAUCCUUACAUGUAUUGGAUAACUGUUCACUUUACCAAGGUCAGUUUGAGAAUUCUUCACUUUUGCUUAUCCAUUAGAUGUUGAACUUUUUUGUUAUGAAAAACUAAUAAUGUCGUGUGAAGCCUUUGCUGACUUAAUCUCAAAUUUCAAAGGCUGGUUUUACAUUUUUUGUACAGUACAAAUUAAAAGAAAAUUUUCUGAUGUCUGUUACCCUAUACUGUUUUACCGAAACAUUUGAAUAUCUUUCACAUAUAACUUUCAUGAUGAAUGCUGUGUGCUCAGUACGAUUAUGGAGGCGCAACACGGCAAAUUUCAGAAUGUUGCAUUGGAAGGAUUAAAUGUUGCCAAUUUUAGAAAUGCAAUAUUUAAUAUAAACAGAGGUUCUUAAACUUGUUUUAUUAUUUUUCUUAACCCGCAGCCCUUUUUUUCUUAAUAUGCAAAUUUUUAUCAAAGAUAGUUGUUGGGGGAAAAUAACAAAUGUACCCCAGUGGUUGUAUUUGCCAUUGUUGAUUGCAGGUAAAGAAGAGUUUAAGAACCUCUGCUAGAUAAGAUAAUAUGCAAAUGUUGGGAGAAAAAAAACAACACCUUAUAAGCAAACCUGGUGAAUACCCUGUAGCGCCUCCUGGUGUAUGCAAGUGCCUGGAAAUCUGAGCUUAUUUCCUUUCUUUUUUUAAAUGGCUCAGUCACAUGUCUGAAAAUUUUGUUUGUUGAAGUCUCGCUUUCCUUUACCUUGUACAUACAUGCAAAUAGUUUGAAUUGUUUUAACUGUACAGUCUUUUUAUUUGAUAGUUGUGCCUACUUUGAUGCAUUUAUAAAUUUGUGCAUACCAGCUGUAAGAGGUACAUUAUAUCAGAUGACAUGAAAUCAAAUUAGUGUUUAAAGACUUGAAGAUCUUUUAUCUAUAUUUUUUGUUGACAUUGCAACAGCCAUAACAGUCUGCACAAGAGUAAAAUUCUCGGGCAUUGAAAUUUAUUCCUCUGCUUGUUGUGCUGUUGUUUUUUUUUUAAAAUUUCACCGAAAUGCGCUAAGGCAGGGAUUCUUGACCUUCCUAAUGCCGCGACCCUUUCAGACAGUACCUCAUGUUGUGGCGACCCCCAGCCACAAAAUUAUUUUCGUUGCUACUUCAUCAACUAUAGAGCAUAUGUGUUUUCAGGUGGACCCCUUGGAAAGAAUCGUGCUCGUGACCCACAGGUUGAGAACCGCUGCGCUAAGAUGUUGAUUUAUAGCCCCGGCCCCCUUUUUUUAAAAGAGUCUUGUACCAACAGAGAAGAAGAGAUAGAAAACAGGUUAUUUUAUAGAAUUUUUUUUAAUGAUUAACAUCAAACCAGUUUUCAGAAAAUGUUUGAAUAUAGCAAUAGUGAAUGCAGUUGUAGGUUUCACAAUGCAACUGUUUUUGUUGUCAAUAUUGGUUGCAUUUGAUGUCUUUUUACAACAGAAGUCUAUUGAGUGAGUAAGAUCGGUUUUCCCUGUUGCAGGUCUGUUGAAAAUAAGUUAUGCAGCAUCGUUACUGAUUGUAAAGGGUUAAUGUGUGUUUUAAAAAAAAUUUAUGCCGAUAUUUUUUUAUUGUUUGUAAUGACAGUAAAGUUAAAAAUUAUGAUAAUGCACUUUUUUCGCCAGAUUUAUCAUUGGAAAAUAAAUGAGAAAAUUUUAAUUUUUGAAUUUAUAGGGAUGGAAGACUUGCAUUUGGUAUUCAAUAGAUCGAAUAAUGUACAAAAAAAACACCUUUUUGACCAUUCUUUGCUCUAUGUUCACAACAGUUGCGAGCCAAACAAAAAUUUUGUGUAACUUUUUUGGUCGACAUUGUUUCUUUUAAAUUUAAUCCUUUGAAUUUUUAUAUUCAUAAACUCUAUCUAGGCUGACUGUACUUAGUAUUUUAAAAAAAAAAAAACGUUUAUUUUUUUUUAAUACAUUUUAUUGUAUAAGCACUUUUGAAAUUGUACUCUUUCUACUCAAAACAGGGAGUUCUUAAUUUAUGAACAAGUUCUGUUCCUAAAGGUUGUUGUUCUAUGCUUUUUUUUUUUUAUAUAUGCACAAACCACCUAAAUAUGCACUGUGUAUUCGAUGCUAUCGGAGGUGUAGGUGAGGUGGAUUGAUUUCCCCUAAAUAUGCACUGUGUAUCUGAUGCUAUCGGAGGUGAAGGUGAGGUGGAUUGAUUUCCCCUAGCGCACGACUGUUGGGGGGGGGUCACUUUGAUGGUAUUUUAUUGAUGAAAAUAAUUUGUUUCAGAGUUGAGGGUGGCUAAAAAUGAAUCUUGUCCCUGGACGACACUCAAGCUAUGCCUCUGGGUGCUAUUAGUUAUUGUUGGUCAUUUUUACAUAUGAAAAACAUUGUAUUCAAUAUUUCAUGUACCUGGUUUUAUUUAUCCAAUGCAUUAAGGCUAUAAAAAUAAAUUCGAAAAAAAUACAAGAUGCUAUGGUAAGAAGUUAAAUGUAAUUAAAAACCUGAUCAAAAUUAUUUAAUAUAUAUUUAGACUAAAACAUGCAUCUUAUUUGUUCAUUUUUUGUAAUGAAUGUGCAAGAACUACUUUGGUAUUGUGUAUAAAUCAAGAACUGGCUGUAUAUGAAAAAGUUAAUUGUGUUUUCCUAGCCCACCCCUUUGUGUGUGAGGUAAACCAUGUUUCUACUUAGUGCAAACUGAAUUAAGCUGCUGUAGGAAGGGGUUGGUGUGUCUUUAUGGCAAGCAUACAUUUUUAUCAGACUUCAUUUAAGAUUUCUUAAUGUUAGGUUUAGGAAAAAAGAGGAUUUCCAAAUUUUCAACUGAGCUGAUUGUCUCAAUAGCUGAAUAAAGAUGAGAGCAUUGUCACUGAUGUCUGUGUGCAUGAGGGCAUCAGUUUUUUUUAACUGUAUUACCAAACCUGUGUUUUUAAGGAAUCAAUAACUUUCUAUUCAACAUUGAUCAUAAAUAAAAAUCAUUCCAUUUGAAGUGCAAUAAGUGAUCAGCCUCUGAGAACUUAGAACAGGUUCCUGAAGGGAGGUAAAUAAGCAUUUUUGUCUUUCUCUAGUCACGAGGCCAGACCAAAUUUUAAACAGAGAUAAGACUUUGACUAGCCAGAUCUGAGGGCACAUUAGUAAGCCUAGCAACGAAACACAGUUUUAUGUUAUUUGUAAAACUACAACGAAGCUUUAACUCUCUGCAGCCGCAUGCAGAUGAUCCAUUGGAGCCAUAUAGAUGUAGCUACUCUCAAAACUCAACUCACCAGUCCCGCAAAUAAUCUCAAGAGGGCAGCAUUUCAUGCAAUAGUUUAUUGUAAAUUAUCCCCUUUUUCAUAAUUUUGCUAAAAUUGUAUGUUUGGAAUAUAUUAUUUUAUAUGCUCCAGUGUCCGUUUGUAAAUGAUUGUGAUUGGAGAAAAUUUGCACCAUGAACUGACAAUUAAUGUUAGUUGUUUUAUAAAGCUUCCCCAGCAGCUACUUGGCGUGCAGGCUAAACAACUAUUGUGCCAUACUUAUAUUUAAACUCAGGAUAUGUGUUUCUCUUCACUUUUUUAAAAAUAUUACAUCACAUUCAUAUCAUCUGCCUGGAUUUUUUUCCCCCUUGGGAAAACAUAUAGAAACUCAACAGCAAGGGUUUCAAACUCUUUGAAUUUUGUACCGCUGAAAUAAACCCCUCAAAAUUAAUGUACUAAAAAAAUGUGUGUGUUUUUGUUGAUUUCUGUGUACCACCUAAAGUUUGAGAAUGACUUAUUUACUCUUUACAGUUUUAAAUUGUUUCCAUGCCUAGCUAGAUCCAGUAACAUGUAAGUAUAUUAUGGGGGUUUUAAAGAUGGAUUGACUGCCGCCACCCUCUCUUUGUCUGUGUGGCCUUGACCUUUAUUUUCAUCUUGAUGUCUUUAAAAAUUUAAUUUGGAUAUAUAUAUAGCCACAAAAAUCACACAUAGAAUAUAUUCAGUUCACAAACCAGCUGCUACAAUUAAAGUUGACCUUUUCAUUAAUGUCUCUUGGCAGCUCCUUGUCAGAAAUUGAAAUGUUCACAAAUGAUGUACCACAUUUUUGUUUAAAUUCAAUGCUGUAUCCAAAUGGAAGUCUGUUGGGGGAUAAGACGUGCCAACAGUAUUUAUUUCAGAAAAUCACUUCCAUCCUUAAACUCUAUGGUGUGGGUUUUUAAAAUCAGCCAAUUCAUUGUUUCAUAGCAUUUUGUUUUUUAAUGUGCAUCUGUAAUUAGGCUCACCAUUCAUAAUGGAUUUAUGCUUAUAAACUGUGUG